AUGGAGGACAAAUUGAUUAUUGCCGUUACAGCUCACCCCGUGCUUUACGACACGUCCUGUCUCCUUUACCGGGAUCGGUAUAAAAAGGAGCAGGCGUGGAGUAAAGUAAGCGAGGUGGCUGGAUUACCUGUUGAUGUGUGUCGCAGGAAAUGGAAGAGCCUCAGGGACACUUAUAUGAGGGAGAGGAGGAAGGUGACAGAGACGAGGAGUGGGUCAGCAGCAGGGACAGCGAAGAAGUGGAAGUACUUCGCGGUCCUGUCUUUCCUCGACCCCUUUGUUGCCCCCCGUGAAACAAGCGGGAACAUGGGGGCAGGGGUCGAGGAAGAUGGGGCCGUGGAGUACAGUGUAGGGUCCAUGGAGGACGAGGGAGAGACAGCAGGCUCAUCAGGGAUUACCAUCGGAGCCCAAGCAGAUUCUGACAUUGAGCCAGAGUCUGCUGGUGCUCCCCCUGAUGAUGGUCCAGCUGUCUCUCCCACUGCUGUCUCUGCUGCUUCCCCUGCUGCUUCAGUGCCAAGAGCGACAAAGAGGUCCAGGAAGAGAGCCAGGGAGGAGGAAAACUCCGCCGACUCCAACAACAGACGGGCGGAGUUGGAGACUCUCGUCCUGGACACCCUGAACGGCCUGAAGCAGCAAGCUCAGCAAGCUCAACCUGCUCCCCAGCCUCCCCCCUCAGAGGAUGAAUUAUUCCUCAAAAGCCUGGUUCCUUCCCUGGAGAGGUUGUCACCCCAAAGGAAGGCAUUUGUAAAAUUUCAAAUUCAUAAACUUAUUUAUGAAGCCAGCACUGUUGUGCUCAAUUUGGAACCUGCCGAGUAG